GUCUCAACACCCAAAGUGCUCGGAGGUCUUUGAUUCGGUCUCUUGUGGCAGCGUGCCGUGUGUUGCUCCGCGGCUUCUGCGUCCCAGCGCGUCCCAGCGCGUCCCAACUCUUCGCGUGUAAUACGGUACGUGUGUAGCCGCCCUCAUGGCCUCAUCCUUCUUCUACCAGGCUCCCCUCUGCUCAGCGGCCCUCUUUCACCACACGAAUCUGUCUCAUGAGCCAGUUGUCAAGAAUCCCCAGUCGCAGCAAGUUCCAGCCAUCUUCCUGGCUGGUUCUCAUUCACCUGACUGCUCCAGAUUCAUCCAAUCUCGAGAGCAUCCGAGUCAUCGACCGCCUUCUUCCAGGCCUUCCAGGCCUUCCAUACCGUUCACCCGGGACCAAAGCACGGCCCAUCACAUGCUGCGAACCACAUCAGCAUCUAUCAUCGCAGCUGCCAGAAUCGGUCCCAUUGCCCGCGUCCUGACGGUCCUCAUCUCCGGCUCUAGUUUACCCAGGGGCAGCCAUGACAGAAAUAACCUGCUCGGUACAUCCUUCUCGAUGGCCUCGUUCUUCUACAUCGCCGCUAACAAUGCCACCGCCGCCCUUCUCCGCCCGAACAAGACGCACUGGUCUAUGGACUCUUAGGGCCGGUAGUAGCUCAAGACGGCUAGGUGCUGAUGUCGACGGCGCGGGCUACGUCUCCUCCAGCCCCCGCGCCCGCCGGCCACGUACCAGCGGUGCUCCAUGAUGCUGCUCAUUUGCUGCAACGCGGUGAACACAUCACCGUGAAUUGUCAGUCGGCCACCGAGACUUGCAUUGGCCCGAGCUGCGCCUUCUUCAAAGCUUUCGAUUCGGCUCCUUGACUAGCUCUGGAC